AUCAAAGCUGAGUAUCUGACAAAAAACAAACGUCUGGAUUUUAAGUGCAUAGGCAUGGCAACAGAAGAGACGACACUGGCGACACCCGAGCGGCCAGUGAGCCCUCAAGCACCUCGAGAUGAGGAGCCCGCUUCUCAAGAUGCCGCCGCACCAGAACCCAAAGAAGAUGGGGAGAAGCCGGUAGACAGUCUGGUUUCUAAGAACAAACAGAGGCUGGAGAGGUUCAAAGCAUUGCAAACCAGAGCGAAAAAUGCUGCAAAAAGCAACCUCAAGGAAACCGCCGCUGAAUCACGCAGACUAUCUACAGAUCCCAGUCUCCUCAAUUCUAUCUCCCGGAAACACGCCUUUGCAUCACAUAACCUCCUCAAAGCUGACAUAGAGGCCGCCGGCGAAGACUUUGAGCGUAAGCGAGCCUGGGAUUGGACAGUGGAUGAGUCAGAAAAAUGGGACCGAAGGAUGGAGAAGAAACAGAAGCACCGGGAUAACGUCGCGUUUCAAGACUGGCGUCAAGACUCUCAUAAAAAUUACAAGAGGCAGCUACGACGAAUGGAACCGAAUCUCGAUGCAUACGAAGCUCAGAAGGCUGAUGCCGUUAUGCGUGCCGCUGCAAAUGGAGGCCUUGAUCUUAUCGAGGGCGAAGAUGGCGAGUUGGUCGCCGUGGAUAAGAAUGGUACAUUUUACUCGACUGCAGACUCGAUAGAAUUCACGCAAAAUCGACCCGAUCGGCAAGCAGUGGACAGAUUGGUUGCCGACUUGCAGAAGGCGGAGGAGAUCCGUUUGAAGAAACGCAGAGAACGUGGCCUUGGUGACGACGACGGCGAUGUUACAUAUAUCAACGACAAGAACAAGCGAUUCAACCAGAAGCUGGCGAGAUUUUACAACAAGUAUACUGCUGAAAUUCGAGACAGUUUCGAACGAGGAACGAUGAUCUGAGAGGUUUUCCCGGAGCCGAGAUCGAUAAUUUACAAAAAAGAUAUCCGGACCAGCAAUGCAAAAUACACCCAUAUUAUACACACUCUUGCCACAAGAAUGAUGGCUGACGGGAGAAAAUGUGGGCUACGCCCUGCUUCAAAGCAUGGUCCUCCUCCAACCCUUAGUCGCCAAGUCUUCGAUCUUCCUAGGAUUCAUCACACCCUUCGUUACGCCGUCUCCAAUAGCCUCGACUACCGCUUCGCCGACGGUGCCAACCUUUAAUGGUUUAGCGGUCAUAAUUCCCAUGAAUGAUAGCCUACCGCCGAGCAAGUUGUUGACUUCGGAUCCUACUAUCCCGCCCAACGCAAUCGGCAUUGUCAUUUUACGAGAUGAAUCGUACAUGAACGUGGGUCGGACGUAGAUGUUACGCAUAUUUGGGAAAUCCGUCGAAAUCAAGGACUCCGCUUGUCUUUUUGACGUGAUGUAUCCUGAGGGCAAGAUGGGUCCACCCGCUUCCGCAGAGAUGUAGACAAAGGUCGGGACGUUCUCGUUGGACGAGUGUUUUGCUAGCGUUAGAGCUAUUUCGGCGGUUAUCGUUAGCAUUUGCUAUUUUCGCUGCAUGUAUAUGAAUAGACGCUCACCUAGGUCUCUAUUCAUGACCGCAUAGCUUAAGUGUGGCGGAUUCUUUUGUUUUCCGUUUUCUAGUGAUUUAGACGAACAGAACAACUUCUGUAUUCC